AUGCUCGUCCUUGCCGAGACGGCCAUCGGCUUCGUCGUCUUCAAACUCAGCUCGGACGCUAAGAUUGAUUCCAAAGAUUUGUGGAAAGAAUUUGAGACCCCAGAGGGUGCCAACAAGACGCUCAAAGUUCAAGCUAUUCAACGCUUCACAUCAACCGCUUCUGCCGUAGAAGACUUAUCAGCCGUUCAAGAUGGUCGACUCACAGACACACUUUCAAAAUUCCUUUUGGAUGCUACAGGUGGAGCCGGUGAGGCAGAUGGAGAGAAGAAGAAAAAGAAGAAGAAACUGGAAGAGAUGUUAGUCGUAUCUGAUCCUAAAUUAGGCUCAACGAUCAAUAAAACCCUUUCCAUACCAGUUCUUUCCGAUUCCACCACUCAAGAUCUAUACCGUGGUAUCCGGCAACAACUCGCCUCACUCCUCGGAGGCGUGGAGCAGAAAGAUCUCAAUACCAUGUCCUUAGGUCUUGGACACUCUUUGAGCAGGUUCAAGCUCAAAUUCUCCACUGAUAAGGUGGAUACUAUGGUUAUACAGGCUAUCGCGCUCCUUGACGAUCUUGACAAGGAGAUCAAUAUAUAUUCUAUGCGUGUAAAGGAAUGGUAUGGAUGGCAUUUCCCGGAGAUGGGAAAGAUCAUUGUUGAUAAUCUUGCAUACGCUAGGGUCGUCAAAGCCAUGGGCUUCCGUACAGAAGCCGCCACCACUUCUUUCGAACUGAUCCUUCCUGAAGAACUCGAAGCUACCCUCAAAGCCGCCGCCGAACUGUCCAUGGGUACCGAAAUCUCCGAAUCUGACCUGGCGCAUAUCCACUCCCUCUGCGAUCAAGUCAUCUCCAUUACCGAAUACCGUACACAAUUAUCAGAAUACCUCCGUAAUCGGAUGCAGGCCAUUGCGCCAAAUCUGACCGCGCUCGUGGGUGAAUUGGUAGGAGCCAGGUUAAUCAGCCACGCUGGUAGUUUGAUGAACCUUGCCAAACAUCCCGCAUCCACAGUACAAAUUCUGGGUGCAGAAAAAGCUUUGUUCAGAGCUUUAAAGACAAAACAUGAUACACCAAAGUAUGGUUUGAUAUAUCAUGCAUCCCUAGUCGGUCAAGCUCCUCAGAAAUUGAAAGGGAAAAUGGCACGUAUGGUAGCUACCAAAGCCGCUCUUUCAAUCCACCCUCAAGCGGCAGAAGUGGGAAUUACCAAUCGUGUCAAAUUAGAAUCUCGUCUUCGAGCACUUGAACAUCGUGCUGGUAUUCAGGGCGUACGCAAGACGACGGUUGUUGAAUUAACGGGAAGUACACCGAAAUACAAUACUGCAACUGAUAAUGUACCUUUGCAAAAUGGUUCGGGAUUGUUACCUACUCAACCGUUGGUUCCGAAGGUAGAGGAGGUGAUCACUGCUGUCAAAGAAGAGAAGAAGGAGAAGAAAGAAAAGAAAGAAAAGAAGGAGAAACGGAAAUCUGAGAUUGGAGCGGAUACUACGAUGGAGGUAGAUGGUGAUGAGAGUAAGGUAGGGGAAACGAAAGAGGAGAAAAGGGCGAGGAAAGAAGCUAAAAGAGCUGCAAAAGCAGCCAAGAAAGAAACAGACGUAUCAUCGACAUCCAUCAUCCCCUUCAAUCAAAGUAACGGAGAGGAGAAAGAAAAGAAAUCAAAGAAACGUAGAGCGGAAUCAGAUGCUAAUGCUUUGGUUUUCAAUCAAGAGGAAGAUGGGGAGAAGAAGAAGAAAAAGAAGAAGAGAGAGUCGGUGGCUUGAUGUAUAUCUCUCACAUGAUGUUCUUUGGUAGACGAAGAUGGUGUGGAUCUUGAUCCAUCUUUAUCCAACCGGACGCGCACCAGUGGGAUGACAGAGUGGAGGGUUGGACCGUGAUCACAAUGAGUGUAUAACUGCUGAUGCUGGGGAAGAAAUACACUGGAUUAGUGGGAGAAACGAAAAAGGACAUAUCUCGACAAACGAUCAGGUUAGUAGGAUGAACCAGGGGGGUAGGGAUCAGCACAGGAGGGUGAUGGGGUGAACCAGGUGUAUGGACAAGAUCUGUAUGCAUACAUUUUCCGAUUUC